GUACAAUUUGCUUUGGUUCUCUUCAGAAGCUGACUUUAUCACCAUGUCGAAAGUCUACUUGCUCGAUUACGUUGCUGGAAAUGUACGAAGUUUAGUCAAUGCCAUUGAGAAAGUCGGAUACACAAUCGAAUGGGUCCGAUCACCGGAAGAUGUUGAGAAGGCAGAUAAACUCAUCCUCCCCGGCGUAGGCCACUUUGGCCACUGUAUGAGUCAAUUCGCAUCUGCAGGUUACCUACCCGCGAUUCGGAAACACAUCAAUUCUGGAAAGCCAUUCAUGGCAAUUUGCGUCGGGCUACAAGUUCUUUUCGAAGGCUCCUCGGAAAGUCCCACCAUUCCAGGCAUUGGUGUAAUAAAGGGCCACCUCGAUCGAUUUGACGACAGCUCGAAAGCAGUACCGCACAUUGGGUGGAACAGUGCCAAUACCUCCGACAAACAAGUCUAUGGACUAAGACCGAGCUCGAAAUACUAUUACGUUCACUCAUAUAAGAUACCAUAUCGGAAAGGUGAGCUUGAAAGCCAGGGCUGGGAUGUUGCGACUGCGAGGUAUGGAGACGAGGAGUUCGUUGGUGCUGUGGCGAAAGGAAAUAUUCUGGCUACUCAAUUCCACCCUGAGAAGAGUGGCGUUGCAGGUCUGAGGGUCAUCAAGGCAUUUUUGGAUGGAGACAAAGAGGGUGGAGCUUCUGCUGGCAUGGAAGCUGUGAAGGAAGGUCUGACGAGGAGAGUGAUUGCAUGUCUGGAUGUACGGACAAAUGACCAAGGAGAUCUUGUGGUAACAAAAGGAGAUCAGUACGAUGUGAGGGAGAAGACGGAAGGAGGAAACGUGCGAAAUCUGGGCAAGCCUGUUGAGAUGGCACGGAAAUAUUACGAGCAAGGAGCAGACGAAGUUACUUUCUUGAACAUUACCAGUUUUCGAGAUUGUCCAUUAGCAGAUUUGCCUAUGUUGGAGAUUCUGCGGAAAACGUCGGAAACAGUUUUCGUCCCACUGACGAUUGGAGGCGGGAUUCGAGAUACGACAGAUACCGACGGCACAAAAGUCUCGGCUUUGGAGAUCGCAACGAUGUAUUUCAAGAGUGGUGCCGACAAAGUGUCGAUUGGCUCUGAUGCUGUCACAGCAGCUGAGGAAUAUUAUGCUGCGGGAAAGAAGCUGUCUGGUAAGACAGCUAUCGAGCAAAUAUCACAGGCAUACGGCAACCAAGCGGUGGUUGUCAGUGUCGACCCAAAGAGGGUGUACAUUUCGGAACCAGAAGAUACAAAACAUAACACAAUCCAGACAAAAUACCCUGGACCGAACGGCGAGACAUCAUGUUGGUACGCAUGCACUAUUAAAGGCGGCCGCGAAACCAGGGACAUGGACGUGGUAGAACUAUCCACCGCUGUCGAAGCCAUGGGCGCAGGCGAGAUUCUACUCAACUGUAUAGACAAGGAUGGAACGAACAGCGGUUUCGACCUCGACCUCAUCGAUCAGGUGAAGAACGCUAUCAGUAUUCCAGUCAUUGCGUCGAGUGGUGCGGGUAAUCCGGGACAUUUUGAGGAGGUAUUCUCGAAGACGAGGACGGAUGCUGCGCUUGGCGCGGGCAUGUUUCACAGGGGCGAGUAUACGGUGAAGCAGGUGAAGGAUUCGCUGGCUGAGAAAGGGUUGAUGGUAAGACAGUUUGAGAGCGAGAUAUAGAAGAUAGAUAGAGGGAUAAUCAAAGAUUUUUCAGCG